AGAUCCUGCCCAUCUGCCUGAGGACUUCAGGAGGAAAUGGGAGGAGGAAUUGGCUAAGGUCAAGUUGGUCUGUGGGGAGAUGGCCUAUCAGGUCGUGGAGAAGAACAGGGCCCUCAGCGCCCAGGACAGGCUGCUGGAGGAGCAGCAGGCCAGGCUGGCAGCUCUAGAAGCCAGGGCGCGGGAGCUGGAGGAGAUGCGUCAGUGGCUGGCGCAGCGAGUGGCCAGGCAGCAGGAUCAGAUUGUGGAGGGGAAGGAGGCCUACGAUACCCUUCGGGCCCACGCCGGCCACCAGGAAGGAGCCCUGAGGCAGCUGGAAGAGGAAGGCCGGGAGCUAGUGGAGAGGCUCAUCCGAGUCAAGAUGCAGGCGGCCGAGGACCAGAACUACCGCAAUGAGCGGAUCGACAGGGUGAAACAAGCCAGGCUUUCCAAGGAGCUGAAGAAGGCCAUGAAGAAGACAGUCAACAUCUCUGAGACUGUAGACCCUCCUGGCAUUCCUGAGCCCCCUCCCAGGAAGCAGGACCUCUUGGAGGUAGAAGCCUUGGAGAAACGAUGGAAACGACCCUUCAGGUCAGCCUCCGCCACUUCCAUGACUCUGGCACGCUGUGUGGAUGUUAUGAAGGGGCUACUGGACUUUAGGAAGAGAAGAGGCCAUUCUGUGAGUGGGCUCCCGGAGGCCCGCUAUCCAAGUGUUCCUAUCCGUGGGGUGUCCUGUCUCCCCGCCAGAGCCCAGGACGUCCAGGAGGCCCACCAUUCGGAGGUCAAUGCUGUGUGCUUCAGUUCCAACAGCAGCCUCCUAGCCACAGGCGGGGCUGACCGGCUCAUCCGCCUCUGGAACGUGGUCGGAGGCCGCCUGGAAGCUGACCAGAUGUUGGAAGGUGCUAGUGGGAGCGUGACCAGCCUUGAGUUUGAACCGUCGGGCUCCUAUCUGCUGGCAGCGACCUACAACAAGGCUGCCCAGCUCUGGAAGGUGGGGGAGAGCCAGUCCAAGGAAACGCUGUCUGGACACACGGACAAAGUGACCGCAGCCAAAUUCAAGCUGACCCGGCAGCAGGCGGUGACUGGGAGCCGAGACAGGACGGUGAAGGAGUGGGACCUCAACAAGGCAUCCUGCUCCCGAACCAUCGACGGUCUCUCCUACUGCAACGACGUGGUAUGUGGAGACCACCUCAUCAUCAGUGGUCACCAUGACCAGAAGAUCCGUUUCUGGGACAGCAGGGUCCCAAGAUGCAUCCAGGUGAUUCCUGUGGAGGGCAAGGUCACCUCUCUCAGCAUCAGCAGUGAUCAGCUGCACCUCCUUAGCUGCUCCCGGGAUGACACCCUUAAGGUCAUUGACCUUCGGGCCAACAACAUCCGCCAGGUCUUUAGGGCUGAUGGCUUCAAGUGUGGUUCAGACUGGACCAAAGCUGUGUUCAGCCCAGAUAAAAGCUACGCCCUGGCUGGGUCUGCGGACGGUGGUCUUUACAUUUGGGAUCUGGAGAACGGCAAGCUGGAGACCAGUCUCUAUGGGCCCCACAGUGCCCCCAUCAAUGCAGUGGCCUGGUGCUUUGCUGGGAUGCAUGUCGUGAGCGUGGAUCAGGGGAGGAAGGCUGUGCUUUGGAGUUAGCCCAGCAGCCCCCUGAGCAGGGACCCUUCUUCCUCUGUCCCUGCCCCCUCUCUGUGUGACUGAUGAAGGCUGUGGCUGGUUCCAGAGCCUGGAUCCCAGGGAGGGCCCCAAAGACUUGGGGGGGUGGCUUUAUGGGGUCUGGAGGAGGGGACUGUGAGCAUUCUGGGGAAGGGGAUGGCUUGUUUCUGCAUUAAAACUUCGCCUGGCUGUCUUCGGCUUGGGGGGGGGGGUGUCACAGGGUGGAGAGGACAGAUUAUCCCAGGAUUAGUGAUUAGAGCCCAGCCCCAGUUUUUCCGGGGCUGAGGAGCAACGGAAGGACUUGUCUGUCAUAGUUGCCUCCUGUUUUGCCCGCUCUUCUGUUCUCACCACUGGAGCCAGGACCACAGGGCAGGCCGUGUAUGGGCAGAGUCGGAGGCUGCUUGCAGCAAGUGCCCCAGGGUGCCACGGGGAUGAGCUUUGUUGGCUGCCUGCCCUGGGGGAUGGGGGUCUGUCCCUCUGGAAGAGGAGGGCCCUGUGGAGAGAUGGACUUGCCCCUACCGGAGGUGUCCGGAAAGCUCCAGGGUCUCCUUUAGGGCUUUAAGUGAUGGCUUCCAUGAGAGGUGAGAGGCAGGAGCCAGGGACGGAAGGGUGGCCAGGGAGGAGAGGGACUGGACCGAGGAUGUGUCUCCAGCCUUUAGUGACAAAUAGCUCUUUUGUGGGACAUGAGGAUGUCAUGGCAACAGCCUGGGCUUCGGAGCAGAAGGGAGUUCAAGACUUGGCUCUUGGUUUUCUUGUCUGUAAAGUGAAGGGUCUAGAUGAGAUGAUCUCUGAGGGUCCCAUCUAAAUUUCUCACUCCAUUUGAAGGAAAGUGUGUGCUCCACACAAGGCAAAACGAAUGUGGUCAAAAGAGAAGCCUUGAGAGAGUUUGUGGGUGCCUGGGGGGGGAUUGUCACCAUCCACAGAGCUGUCGUGGGCCUGCUCCCUCUCUCAGCGGAGAUGGGGUCCCCACCAUCAGGGAAUAUCCCGUGAGGGAAUGGGGGAAGGUACUUAGUAUUUUUAGCUAAUUAUCCUUAGCUAGAUGCUAAGCCUGCUGCUUAGUCAGCACUCUCUAAGUUGGAGGGCUUGGGGUGCCGGCUUGACACCCACCUUCAUCAGGGCAUCCUGGAGGACCUCGGAGGUGAUCUGCUCAGGGAGAAGGCUGAAGUCCCUGCUCUCACAGCACUGACAUUGUCCGCUCCUGAUAGCCAGUAGGACAGGAUGCACAGACCAAGGCUUAAGUAGGCCUUGGGGAUCCCCCCUUACUGAAAGGGAGAGAAUGUGUGCAUGCAGGAUGGUCACACGUGUUCUGAAGUCCCCCAGAGCGCCGGGUGCAGCCCACAGCUUGGAAAGAAUGCUGAAAAUGAACUUGGAAGACCGGGGCUUGUGAGGAGCUAUGUGGGUGCUGCCGACCCAGUCAUUAUUUCCCGAGACCUGACUAGAAGUGUCUUUCAGUUUAAAAAAAAAAAAAAAAAUGACCCUCCUCCGAAGGGCACGACGGUAGGAAUCCCGGGCCUUAGUGUGUUUUGCUAAAUUUGGGUUUCACAGAAAUUGCAUUUUUUUACAAAUCAAAGGUUUGGGCCACCCAGCAUUGAGCCAGUCUCUUGGUGCCAUUUUCUGCUUGCGUCAUGUUUUGGUCAUUCUCCAAAUAGUUCAAACCUUUUCCUUACUAUUGUGGUGAGCAAAGACCUGCACCAUCUCUGUUGUAAUGAUUUUAGGGCUCCAUGUAAGGCGCCUUUAUCGUAAAUGUGCAUCCUGACGGUCUCCAUUUGCCCUCCCCUCCGCUUCCCUAUUCCCCAGGACACAGCCAUAUUGUAGAACUGGGCCCAAAUCUAGUGGCUAAAUCCAGAUGCAGGGCUUGAGAGGACCGAAGAGAAUUCUGAAAGAACUUUUAUAGGAGUAAAAGGCGAUCUGGCCGCAAUCCCAUCUUUCCUGAUUGGAAGAAGCCAUCCAGUCAUUGGGUCUUCCUUUAAGAAGGCCUUCAGCCUCCCCCUCCCUGCGAAGGCUGCAGCCCCCAAUAUUGAAGCCAGACCUUCCACCGGCCUCACCCAAGGCCCAGCUGACAGCAUUUUGGGACAAUAAACUGUUUUUAAGUUAGGAUGUGCACGCUGUUAUUUUCGACAUAAUACUGCGGCACGCAUACUUGGUAGAUUACGGUACGGCAAACAUCGC